AAGUUGUUCUUACGUUUCACAAACUUUGGUUGAAGUUCACGGCAAUUUUUUUUAAAAAAGGAAGAUGGACGUGAAUCUGUCAAGUUUACCAGACGUUUUGAUUUUAAACAUAUUUAGUUAUUUGUCCGUAAAAGAAUUAUGCAAAAUAAGCAGGGUAUGUCACUCAUGGAGGCGAAUAGCAUGUGAUAAGACACUUUGGAAAAACAUUGACAUGACACAACUUGUAGGGCUUGACUUGAGAAAAGUAUGGAAAUUUUAUCGAACACGGUUAUCUGAUGUUCUAAGAAGUCUGAAGAUGGUUGGAUACUACAAUGCGAAAUCUGGAAGUGAGAGACAGAAAAAGCAAUUAUUAUCUGACGCUUUACUCGAAGAGAUAAGCUCGGCUUGUCCAAACAUACAGGAGCUCCAGUUGCAUAGAUUUUUCUUGGAUAGAAUGUCCUCCAGUACACUGCCAAAAUCUCUUACCCACCUCAAACUACGAGAAUGCGGCUGGCCUUUAGGAUGGUUGAAUGAUGCAGAUUUACCAAACUUGCAGAUUCUCGACCUCGGAAAAACAACACGUAUAGAUGAUUCUGAAAUUGGCAGCAUAUUGAAAUUCACAUCAUUAGAAGAGUUGAACCUUGAAGAAUUAUAUAGAGUUACUGAUACGGGAGUGAAACUACUUGCUGAAAACUUUACCUGUUUAAAAGUUCUUAAACUUACUUCUGCAAAAGUGGCUGACCUUGGUGUGCAUUUUAUCUGUAGAAACAUGGUCAGUUUGAGGGGCUUAGACCUAAGUUAUACAUUCAUAUCAGAUUCUGCAGUAGAAGACAUAGGCCUGAAUUUAUCAAAUUUGAAAAGCCUUGGACUUGCUGGGACUAAAGUUACAGACAACGGAAUUAAAUGUUUAUGUUUUAGUAAAAAUGCUAAAAAUCUUGAGCAACUAGACAUCUCUGCAACAAGUAUCACAGACAAUGCCCUGACCUAUAUUGGAGACAAGUUGGUCAAUCUUAGAGAUCUUAAUCUAGCCAUUACAAAUGUUUCUUCUGAGGCCAUUGAUAGAAUGUCAUCGCAGUUAGAAAAACUAUCACAUGUCAAUCGAGGAAGAGGGUAUUCCUGAAAAUGAAGCUUUGUCAUCUAAAAAAUAUUUCUUAGUAACUUAGUUAUGUUUCAUUUGGCAAUAUAAUAGUUUAAGCAUGUAGUAAUGUAUUUAGUGUAG